GGGGGGGGACGCGGGAGACUGCGCAGGAGCUCUGGGAAUUAGACUCUGAACACUGGGAUCCAGCAGUGAAGGACCUGGAGCAUGGGGCCUCCCUGGGAACCCAGAAGGACUCGGAGCAGCUAUGAAGGGGUGGCCCUGUUUCUGCCCUGCCCUGGCGCAUUUCUGGCAGCUGGAGUCUUGCUUCAUGGCUGAGGGCUCGGGCACUCAGGCCCCGGGGAAAGAGCCCCCGCUCAGCAUCCAGGUCCUGCGAGCCCAGUACGAAGGCUUGCGAAGGCAGCAGAGGGCACGGGCCUACCUGGUGGUGCUCCCGACAGGAGGAUACAUGCCUGCUCCUGCUGAGUCCGUGGUCAGUCCUGUUUGGAUUAACAAGGAGAGAAGGCAUUCAGUGUCCCUAGAAGAGGCAGAUCUGGGGGCCAAGGGGAUGCUGGAGGAGGCCGACGGAGGCUGUCUUCAGGGCCCUGAAUCUCCAUGGCACGCACAUCUGGAGAUGUACCGCUGCGUUCAAACCUUCCACCAGGAAAUUAGUCUUCCAGUAAAACACAAGAAUAAGCUCAUGGGGUCCAAACAAAGGUUGCCUCAGGAAGGAGACCCAGGCCUGUUUGAAAACAAUCAGAUGACCCAGCAAGGGACCACCAACCUACCAACAGCCCAGUGUGAAUGUCCAGUGGGCAAUGUCCAGACAAAGACAGUAGGAUCUGGUUUGAAUAUGGACAUUCAGCACCCUCUUUCCAAGAAGAACCCACACAGGUCUGGAAAACCAGCUCACUAUCCAUUUCCCCAGAGGAAAACGCCCAGGAUCUCUCAAACUGCCCGGAACCUGGGCUUGUAUGGCCCAGCCUAAAGCUUCCUGCUCAACCAAAUGUCUCAAUGUUGAAACCAUGGAUGGCCUCAUCCAAGAACCCAGGAGGCAGGGCCAUGAGUCGGGCCUCUAGCUAGGAGCAAGAACCAGACUAACUCAGUGGUAGGGAUUUUGAACUUCAUGGUGGCAUGGUCUUGUCCUUCAGAAAAGAAGAGAUUGCCUAGGCCAGAUCUCACACAGUCUAGGAUAAAAGACUGUAUCUGAUCAGGGUGGCCCCACUAUGCUUGUAUAUGAAGACAUGACUGGAGCCCUAGAUGCUGAUUCCUUGGGGAGAUCCGUAGGCAUCUUCUCCGCCCCUAGAAAUGGGAAAUUUGGAAUGUAAUACUGACACCCUAGCCAUAGGAAUGCCUUAACGGGGGCCCUAGAGUCAACGAGUAUGGGCAGCCUUGUUUUCAAUAUGUUCUGAUGAUUUCUCACAUGAUCCAGAGAAGAUGAGCUCUGAGAAUUGCCUUUUUCUGGUUACUGCGUCUGGAGGCCAGCUCACUGAGAAGUCACUACAUUCCUUGGUAGUGACCAUACCAUUUCAGCGGAGGCUCCCAAAGUAUGGUCACUGUGGGUUAAAAGAAGAACUCUACUGUUUUGUGUGUUUAAGGCAUGGUCAGGAAGGUUGGCCAUCUCUCCCCUCUCACUGAGACUGCAUAUUCCAAUUUCAUCACAGGUGUAUUUCCUUCCUUCCUUCCCUCUUGCCUUCCUACCUACCUGCCUUCCUUCCUUCCUUCCUUCCUUCUACCCAUCCAUCCCUCUUACUUACCUGUUUUCUCACCCUCCCUCUCUCUCUCUCUCUCUCUCUCUCUGUCUUACUUUCUCUCUCCUAACUAAAUUAUUAAACACUGUCAGGCCAGUCAUUGAAGAUAUAUGGUAAGAGGAACCUGAGCAGGAGACAAGGAAAUGCUCCUGCUUGGAAAAUACAUAUUCCCCACAAACUCCUCCCUUUUCAGCUGAAUUUGAAGCCCUCAGAUCCUUCCUGGGAUAUGUUAAACUUAAAACAAAGGGAAUCGGUGUUACUGCUUGGGUUAUGGGAAGAAAGUAGGUCUCUCCUGGUUAAUGUUUAACUUUAGUAAUAUACUUAAACACAUCGAAGGUGCCCUUCCCUCAUAUCAGAUAAUCUCUCUGUAAAGUUUCACUUGUAUUUUCCUCUUUUUGCCCCAACAGUGAUCCAGUCUUGUCCAUCUACACCCAGAGCUGUUAACUAGGUGUGUCAUUACUUGGCAAAAAUCCAUGUGUGCCUGCUCCUUGGAUCACCCAGAAAUCCACUCCAAUUUGGGGACUGGAUUUCUGGGAAUAAUCAAUAGAGCCAUUGUUAAUUUUUUUCUUUAGUCUAAUGAAAAACAAGGACAUUUUCUGAAAAA